GUGCAAACAAGACCUAGUUGGAGCUCCUGGGAGUAUGAUUAGGAAGGAUGAGAACCUGGUGGUGGAUAUUGUCCUCCCCAGGCUCCAGGGGUGUGACACUGAGAUUUAACUGACAAGGCUUUGGAGUGUGGAUUUAGGGUUAGCUGGGUCCUUGAUCCACUAUUGAAACUGAGGCGGGUUUCGACUUGGAAACUUCUGCUCCCCAGGGGGUUAGUUUAGCAAUCCUCGGGUCCCUAGAAUGCGUGUUUAGUAUCGAAGAAGCUUUAGGACUUGGACUUGGGGUAUGGGGUAAGACUCCAGCGUAGGCGGCCCGGGUGUGAGCUGGGAGUUUCCGGUCCCCGGGGACAACCUUGAAUGGCAUCUUGGGCUCGGCUGGGCGCGCCCGAGAGCCACGCCCCUGCCUGCGGGACCCACGUGCUUUCUAAGCCCGCGGCCGAAUGGGAGGGGCGAAGCCUGGUUGCCAUGGAGACAGCGGUAAGCCUCGGCGGGCCGUUCUAGCACCGCUGGUCUCGUUGGCCUCUGGCUCUCUAGCUCGGGGGAUCUCUCUCUAUGGUCGUGGCCUCCGGAAGGGGCCAGCCUCCGCUAUGCGGGAUGAGGGGCUAAAACCUGGACAGGUGGGAAGAAGGGUGUGGGGCGGGGCUUAGGUGCUAAGUGGGCAGGAGUGAGGCGCCUUUCUAGAGCGGUGACUAAGACAGGCCUGAGGGUGGGGCCGGUGGCCAGAACAGAACCUGGGCCUGGGAACGCAGGCCAGGUCAGAAGCUGGGGGCGCGGCUCGAGCUGACCGGGAGGGCCCGGGUCUGGAGCGUGUGCUUAGGGGCCGGAGCACAGGCCUAACUCGGGGUGGAGCCUGGCUUAGAGAGGGCGGGGCUCCGCCUGAGUCUUGCGCUUAUGGGCGGAGCUGGAGGCUUAACCUGGGGCCGGGGGCCGGAGCGCGGUGAAAAAGUGGUUAGAGGCGGGACCUGGAGGAAAACCCAGCGUCCGAGAUGGGCAGGCUGGGGGACAGAGGAUAGGGGAUGCGGGCUCCGGGUGCAGGCACGGCCUCCCUGGCCUCGCUGGCGCUACUGUGGCUGCUGGGGCUACCGUGGACCUGGAGCGCAGCGGCGGCGUUCGGUGUGUACGUGGGCGGCGGCGGCUGGCGCUUCCUGCGCAUCGUCUGCAAGACGGCGAGGCGGGACCUCUUCGGCCUCUCUGUUCUGAUCCGCGUGCGACUGGAGCUGCGGCGGCACCAGCGUGCUGGCCACACCAUCCCAUGCAUCUUCCAGGCCGUGGUGCGGCGGCAGCCCGAGCGCCUGGCCCUGGUGGACGCCGGCAGUGGCGCCUGCUGGACCUUCGGGCAGCUGGACACCUACUCCAACGCCGUGGCCAACCUCUUCCACCAGCUGGGCUUUGCUCCGGGCGACGUGGUGGCCGUCUUCCUGGAAGGCCGGCCUGAGUUCGUGGGGCUGUGGCUGGGCCUGGCCAAAGCAGGCGUGGUGGCCGCGCUGCUCAAUGUCAACCUGCGGCGGGAGCCCCUGGCCUUCUGCCUGGGCACCUCAGGUGCCAAGGCCCUCAUCUACGGCGGGGAGAUGGCAGCGGCGGUGGCCGAGGUGAGCGGGCAGCUUGGGAAGAGCCUUCUCAAGUUUUGCUCUGGAGACUUGGGACCUGAGAGCGUCCUGCCUGACACUCACCUCCUGGACCCGAUGCUGAAGGAGGCGUCCACCAACCCCCUGGCACAGUCCCCUGGCAAGGGCAUGGACGAUCGGCUCUUCUACAUCUACACGUCAGGGACCACGGGGCUACCCAAGGCCGCCAUAGUCGUGCACAGCAGGUACUACCGCAUCGCAGCCUUCGGCCACCACUCCUACAGCAUGCGGGCGGCGGACGUGCUGUACGACUGCCUGCCGCUGUACCACUCUGCAGGGAACAUCAUGGGCGUGGGGCAGUGCCUCAUCUAUGGGUUGACGGUUGUCCUCCGCAAGAAAUUCUCAGCCAGCCGCUUCUGGGACGACUGCGUCAAGUACAAUUGCACGGUGGUGCAGUACAUCGGGGAGAUCUGCCGCUACCUGCUGAAGCAGCCGGUGCGCGAGGCCGAGGGGCGGCACCGCGUGCGCCUGGCCGUGGGCAACGGGCUGCGGCCGGCCAUCUGGGAGGAGUUCACGCAGCGCUUCCGCGUGCAGCAGAUCGGCGAGUUCUACGGGGCCACCGAGUGCAACUGCAGCAUCGCCAACAUGGACGGCAAGGUUGGCUCCUGUGGCUUCAGCAGCCGCAUCCUGACCCGCGUGUACCCCAUCCAGCUGGUGAAGGUCAACGAGGACACCAUGGAGUUGCUGCGGGAUGCCCAGGGCCUCUGCAUCCCGUGCCAGCCCGGGGAGCCUGGCCUCCUGGUGGGCCAGAUCAACCAGCAGGACCCACUGCGCCGCUUCGACGGCUACGUCAGCGAGAGCGCCACCAGCAAGAAGAUUGCCCACAGCGUCUUCUGCAAGGGUGACAGCGCCUACCUCUCAGGUGACGUGCUGGUGAUGGAUGAGCUUGGCUACAUGUACUUCCGGGACCGCAGCGGGGACACCUUCCGCUGGCGAGGGGAAAAUGUUUCCACCACCGAGGUAGAAGGUGUGCUCAGCCGCUUGCUGGGCCAGACAGACGUGGCCGUGUACGGAGUGGCUGUGCCAGGAGUGGAGGGAAAAGCAGGCAUGGCAGCCAUCUCGGACCCCCACAGCCAGCUGAACCCCAACUCCAUGUACCAGGAGCUGCAGAAAGUGCUGGCACCCUACGCCCGGCCCAUCUUCCUGCGCCUCCUGCCUCAGGUGGACACCACAGGCACCUUCAAGAUCCAGAAGACCAGGCUGCAGCGCGAGGGCUUCGACCCCCGCCAGACCUCGGACCGGCUCUUCUUCCUGGACCUGAAGCAAGGCCACUACCUGCCCCUGGACGAAGGCGUCUACACCCGCAUCUGCUCGGGCGCCUUUGCCCUCUGAGGUCCCUCCCUGCCAGCUGAGACCCCGCUGAGCCUGGUGGGCCCUGUCCCGGGGCUGCCCCUCCUGCCCAGCCACUAGCCACAUGCCGGCCGUCUGUGGGGUGCGAGGGGCCCAGCCUCAGCGUCCUGCUACUCUGCGCCCCUGCCCCUGGGCACCGUCUCCGCGCUUCCUGGGAGCUCCGUGUGCGCAGGGCCCAGCUGCUCUCCAGGUCUCAUCCCUGUCUGUGUCCCUGGACCCGGAGCAGGCGUCCCCGUCCUUCUGUGCCUUACGGAACCGCCCAGGCCUCCUCCUGCGCUGGUUCCAGAUGUUUAGGGCUCCAAGAGGCCCCGCCCUCCCCGGGAACGAGGGGCCCAUCCAGGUGCCUGGCCCCGGUCCGCGGAGUCUCCUGUCUGGGCUGCUGCCCUUUUGCACUUUGCCAUCCCGACCCUCCUGGUUCCCCCAUUCCCCUUCCGAUGCCCUGGAAGCUUCCAGAAUGAACUGUGACAACUUGAAUGUGCCCUGCCCACCUCUGUCUAGAUGUCUCCGUUCAGGUGUCUCCUCAGAGCGCCCGCUGAGGGGCCCUAAGACUGUCCGGGCUACCCAGCCCCCUGCUUCCUGUCCCUGGCAAAGGCCCCGUGUGUCCCCACUUUUGUGACUGCUGGAAGGACCUGUGAGAGGGCAGCAGUGGUGUCAGGGAGAUCUCCUGCCAGGGGGUGUCACCUGAGGGCCUCAGGGGGGUUCCAGCCUGUUAGACAUACUCCCAGCAGCCACUCCUGAGGGUCCCCAGAGGUUCUGCUAGUGACGGUCAGACCUUAUGUUGUUGGUGACAUCUGUGCAGUCCCCUUGGGCAGCUCCGUGGCUCUCUUCCUCUCACUGGUGGCUCAUCUUGGACCCAUGUGCCAGCCAGUUGCAGUGGCCACCCAGAUGCACGUUACCCUCCUGCAGCGGCACCGUCCAGCCCUGAGCGGGGUGGCAGUGGCGAGUGUCCCCACCCUGCCGGGCAACAGCUCCACGCAGGGCUUUUGUUCCCUAGUGGAUUUUAAGAAAUAAACCUGCAGAGCAUCUGGCACCUGCUGGAAGCCCAGUGGCUCCUUGUCCUUCACUCCUGUGGUGCAGAAGCCGGGUGGACCCCACAGUCGGGUCAGAGGAAGGGGCUUCUGGUGGUCAGGACGGAAGGCGUGCGCCUGGCUCAUCUCCAGCUAGGAUCAAAGACACCAGGCCCGGCCCUGGAGUGCUGGAGCCAGGCUCCUGUGAAGCUCCACGUCGCACUUCAGCAGCUCUGUGUACAGUUUGCUGAGAAACUGGUGAAAAAACACCAGGUUACUGAGGGACAGUCAUGGCAACUAUGGCUUAAGAUGGCUGUGGUAAGGUCAAGCUGGAUACCUACCAAGAAAAAAGUCAGCUUUUUGUUAUUACAGUGAAGUACCUGAGGCAGCCUACGUUAUAAAGAAAAGAGGUUCAGUUGGCUCAUGGUUUUGGAGGAUGGAGGUCCAAACAGCACAGUGCAGUCCCUGUGAGGGUCUCUCUUGGCUGCAUCCAUCAUGGCAGGAGCCUGUCUGUCUCUCUCUCUGUCCCCCUCCCCUUCUUAUUAAGCCAUCAGGACUCAACAUGGGGCUCCGCCCUGAUGGAUCUAAUGAUUUCCCAAAGACCCCGUCUCUCAACUCCAGGAAUGAGGUGCAGGGAAAUGCAGUCCUUGCCAAGAGCACCUGGCAAGAAGGUGUCCCAGCAUCCCUUUUUCCUGCCCCAAAGCCUGUGACUGUAGAUGUACCUGUGUUCAGGAGGCCCCUCUAGGGGUGAGACACACCCUGAGGACUUUAGGAUCAAGCUGUGGGGUUUCGUGUGUGUUGGGGUUGGAACCCGGGCUCGCACGUGUGAGGCGGUGCCCGACCAUGAGCUCUGGCUGCAGCCCUGUUAUUUUCUUUAUUUUGAGUCUGGGUCUUCUAAGCUGGCCUCAGACUGGGUCCUUCUGCCCCAGUCUCCUGAGCAGCUCGGAUUACCGACAAGGGCACAGUCUCCAGCUAAAAUCGUUCAUAAUUUUGUGCAUGAAACCCAGUUCCGUGGUGUGCAGUUUCCCCCGUGGCAUAGUUUGCUCUAGGAGUUUGCUCUGGGGGUGGGAAGGUAGCUCCGCAGCGGAGCAGGUCCUGGUACACCGAGGCCCUGGCUUGCACCG